AUGUUAUUUUUUGCAAACCUGACCACUAUCUGUUACCAACAUUACUCUCCUCAUUAUCUAUCUAUCUAUCUAUCUAUCUAUCUAUCUAUCUAUCUAUCUAUCUCCGCAUUAUCUAUUUAUUUAUCUAUCUAUCUAUCUAUCUAUCUAUCUAUCUAUCUAUCUAUCUAUCUAUCUCCGCAUUAUCUAUCUAUCUAUCUAUCUAUCUAUCUAUCUAUCUAUCUAUCUAUCUAUCUAACAUUAGUUACCGAAAGGACAACCUUUAUUCCUAACAGUCCCUCUUCUUCGUGGGACUCGGAAAUUCAAUCCUGCCCCAGGAAGGAGGAUAUUUUUUCUUGUUAUGUCCAUAUCUAUCUAUCUAUCUAUCUAUCUAUCUAUCUUCUAUCUUCACCUUUUCAUCUAUAUCUAUUAUAUAUGUCCCUAUCUAUCUAUCUAUCUAUCUAUCUAUCUAUCUAUCUAUCUAUCUAUCUUCACCUUUUCAUAUCUCUCUAUCUUAGUAUGUCCCUAUCUAUCUAUCUAUCUAUCUAUCUAUCUAUCUUCACCUUUUCAUAUCUCUCUAUCUUAGUAUGUCUCUAUCUAUCUAUCUAUCUAUCUAUCUAUCUAUCUUCACCUUUUCAUAUCUCUCUGUCUCAACUUGACAAGAUCAUCAUCACUAUCUAUCUAUCUAUCUAUCUAUCUAUCUAUCUAUCUAUCUAUCUAUCUAUCUUUCUCUAUCUAUCUAUCUAUCUAUCUAUCUAUCUAUCUAUCUAUCUAUCUAUCUAUCUAAUCUGUCUCAUUCUGUUCAUAUCUAUCUCUCUAUUUUUUUCUGACUCAUUCUGUUCAUAUAUAUUUUCACCUUUUCAUAUCUAUCUAUCUAUCUAUCUAUCUAUCUAUCUAUCUAGCCAGGAGAUAACAUAA